CCUUUCCCAGACAGAUCCAGGCCGAGUCCUGGGGUCUGAGAGACAGCGAUGGCUAGCGUAAGCCUGCAGAGGUGUCACCUCGCACCUCUGAGUCCAACAUAUAAACCUCCAGCCCUCAGUCCAGCCUUCAGAGUCACACUAUGGAAAGCUCAAGCCACAGCCAGCAGAACCAGUGGAUCUAUUCGAGCUCUGAGUCAGAGUUCUGCAGCGUUUCCUCUCCGGACACCGUCUCGCCGGACCAGGGCUUCUCCCCGUCCCACCGGGCGCAGCCUGCGUGCUCCAAAUCAGUCAAAUCUACAGGUGUCGUCAAGAGAAAACGCAGGUUGAGGCUGAAGAACCCAAGCGAGCAACGGCAGAAUGCCAGUGAGAAGGAGAAGCUGAGGAUGAGGGAUCUGACCAAAGCUCUCCACCAUCUCAGGACGUACCUGCCUCCGUCCGUAGCUCCCGUCGGACAAACCCUGACCAAGAUUGAGACGCUACGGCUCACCAUACGCUACAUCUCGUUUCUGUCAGCUCAGCUGGGUCUGAGUGAGGAAGAACUGACCCACAGGAAGCACAUGAACUCCAGCGGCGGCUCAUAUUCUCCAGAGAUCGUUGGCUAUUUUCAGUGCAGCUCUAUGGCUGGAAAUUGUGUCGGACGGGGACGGUGUUACGGUCACUGUGAUGGACAGUAUGAGGGCAACUCUAGUCAGUGUGUGGAUCAGUAUAGCGGUUAUCCACAGCAACAUUCAACAGAGCAAAACAUCUCUGCAAAUAUAGACUUCUUCCAGUCACAACAGUGUGCUCAAACACAGACAUACCAGGUUUAUGGAAGAAACUUUGGCUAUCAUCUUGUUCCUCAAGCUUACUGGAGCUGA